UCUCCAGUAGCUUCUAUGCUCAUUGUUGCCUAUGCCUUUAUCUUUUUCAUGUGCAUGAUUGGCAACAUGCUCGUGUGCUUCAUUGUGCUAAAGAACCGGCAAAUGCGAACUGUCACCAACUUCUUUAUCCUCAACCUAGCGAUCAGUGAUGUCUUGGUGGGGAUCUUUUGCAUGCCAACCACACUGGUGGACAACCUGAUUACAGGCUGGCCAUUUGACACUUUUAUGUGUAAGAUGAGCGGGUUGGUCCAAGGCAUGUCCGUCUCAGCUUCUGUGUUCACCCUGGUGGCCAUUGCAGUGGAAAGGUUCCGCUGCAUUGUGUAUCCUUUCAGACAAAAACUAACUCUGCAGAUAGCUCUGAUCAUCAUAAUCAUCAUUUGGGUCUUAGCCUUAAUCAUAAUGUGCCCCUCAGCAGUUACCUUGACUGUCACCCGAGAUGAAAACCACUUCAUGGUGGAUGCUUAUAACAAUUCCUACCCUUUUUACUCCUGCUGGGAAGCCUGGCCAGACCAGAAAAUGCGCAAGAUCUACACCACUAUCCUUUUCUCUCACAUUUAUCUUGCCCCUCUCAUUGCAAUUGUGAUCAUGUAUGCUCGGAUUGCCUUCAAACUGUUCAAGUCCUCCGCACCAAUAAGAGGCUCCCAGUCAGAGGACAGUGAGGGAAGAAGGAUCUCAAAGAGGAAGAUAAAAGUUAUCAAUAUGCUGAUCAUUGUGGCAUUGUUCUUCACUCUCUCUUGGCUGCCCCUCUGGACUUUAAUGUUGCUGAUUGAGUAUGGGAACCUAACUGACCAUCAGCUCAACCUCAUCACAGUUUAUUUUUUCCCAUUUGCCCACUGGCUGGCUUUCUUCAACAGUAGUGCCAACCCCAUCAUCUAUGGUUACUUCAACGAAAACUUCCAGAGAGGAUUCCAAGCUGCCUUCAAAAUCCAGUUCUGCUUGGCAGAAGGGGAACGCCAAGACAUAUAUUCUGAUCGCAACCACAGCAUAUCCCUUUUCAGAGCACGCAACCGGAUAUUUAUUGAAGUUCAAGGCACUGAUGUGGUGCAGCCCACUGAUUCUGGAGAAAGUAGUCUUCUGAAAGCAGGAUUGUUUCUCCCAAAGAAUAGGCAGGUAAUUCAUCAUGGGCUAACAGUGGAGGAUUUUGACAGUAAAAGUUGCUCUCCCAAAACCGUUGGCAUCCCUGCUUGGGACAUCUGAGCCUAUUUUAAAUUUAUUUGGAUGAUGGGUUGACUUUACUGGAUGUGAGAUUGUUUUCAGAAUGGGUUCAUAAUAGCUUCAGAAACAUAGUUCAAGCAAGCUUAUGAAGACCAGAUACUUUACCAUUGUCGAUACUAAGGAAAAGGAUGUGAUAACUGGAAGAUGUUCUCAUCUUUGAAUCCCAACUUUCUGAUACAUAAAUGAGGGACAGAUGAAUGCUUCUAAUGUGUUUCAGUGUACAAUGGCAUCUUUCCCCCUCCCAGCCCGUUUAAAGGAUGACCAGGUAUAGUGGGGGAGGGGGGUUGUUGGUGAGUAUACUGUGAUAAAGCAAAUACCUCAUCCAUUGGAUUCUGCUGGCUUGCUACUUAAUGCAAAUAAUAAAAUAUCUGCAUCAUGCUUCUAAAGAGACACAA